UGAUGUGUUAAUAUAAAACUUCGUCUCCCUCCUACUGAUAGAUGACGAUAAAAUAAUCGUACGUGUGAAUUGGCAGCUUGGCUAGGACAUGCCCACCAUGACACGGAUGCAUCGGCACUCCAGCUCCAGCGGCGUCGAGGAGACGCGCGGCAGGCGGCGCAAUGCCAGCGGCGAUGCGAAUAAGGAGAACUUUGGCGUCCACUUCAUGAGCAGCCCCUUUGGCAACAGCAGCCUCAUCGCCCUCCAGGACCUGAGCAAUGUGCAUGGCAAGAGUCCGCAGCGGCGCAGCUUCAGUGAGGGCAGCGGCCCGCGUCAGGCGACGCCGCAGCUGGCAGCGCUGCGCUGCCUGCCGCACCUGGGUGCUGCUGCGGCAACGGGCGGCGGCGGCGGCGGCGCUGGCGGUCUGGAGGACUCGCAAUUGUCGUCGUCGCGCAUGGGCGACAUCACGCUGGACCGCAUGUUGGAUGCCAUCAUCGAGUCGGCGCGCAAGGAGGUGCGCUGCAAGCAUCAGACGACAGCGGCAGCGGCGGGAGCCACGCCCGAUUUGACGCUGGGCGACGGCGAGUGGAGCGAGAGCAGCGUCCAUGAGAUGGAGGUGCGCACUCCCACCCACCUCAAGCGACAGCGCGUGGUGCGGCGCAAGAAUCAACACAGAGCCGCAGCCGCGUCCAAUGCGACCAGCACAAGCUCCAAACAGAACGAUGGACGCGCCGAGAGCCAGCGGCAUGUGCUUGGCCAGAAGCUGGCGCUGAGCAAGCCGCCCAGCCUGGAUCAUAUACCUAGCAGCAAGCGUUGCCUGAGCUUCUCCUCGAGCUCCACGUCCAGCGAUCUGGAGGACGAUGAGCACUACGCCAAGCGCAUUUCCAUGGCCUCCUCCUCUUCUACCUCCGCCUCCACCACCACCACCUCCAGCACGAGCAGUGCCGAGUUUCAUCCACGAGGCAGCAUCGAUCUGAGCAUCGCCUACGAUGCCCAACAACAACAAUUAAAUGUACAUGUUAUACGAUGCCGCGAUCUGCAGCGCCUGCACGGCACAGGCAGCAUUAAUGCGUACGUCAAGGUGUCGCUGGCAUCCGGAAAUGCCACCAACAGCAGCAGCAGCAGCGGCAGCAACAGCUCGAGUCGCUUCCAGCGCACGGCCGUCCAUCGGCACUCGAGUCGUCCGUACUUUGAUGAGCGCUUUAGCUACCAUGUUCAGGAUGCCAUGCUGCAGGCGACAAUGUCGGCGUCGGCGUCGUCGUCGACGCAGCUGCAGCUGGCCGUGUGGCAUCGGGAUCGUCAUCUAAAACGCAGCGAAUUCCUGGGUUGCCUCACGUUUCCAUUGAGCGCCUUAGUGCAGCAGAGCCAGAACCAGAACCAGAACCAGAGUGCAACGGGAUCCUACAGGCUGCACGCGCAGGGAUGCCUUCAUAGCUGCCGCAGCAAGCCGCACGCCACAGUCCACGUCACGCCCACAAGCAUCGUCAGCCGUCCGCAGGAGGAGUCCAAGCAGGCGCCCAACGAUAGGCCCAAGGGGGAGCCAGCAGGAGUAGGAGUGCCAGCCAGAUCCGACGCAGUGGCCGUUAUACCCAAGAUGUCAACGAUGGCGGCACCACUGAAACCAAAUGCCGCCACGGCAAACGCGCUGCUCAGCGAUGAUGUCAUCGGCAUUGGCAUCGGCAUCAGCAUUGACAGCAUGGCAGCCGCCGGCGGACCGCUGGGCAAUGGCAGCCGGGAUGAGGCACAGCUGCUACAGUCGCAGUCGCAGCAGCCGAUGGUACUCAGCAAGAAGGCGCUGCAUCAGCGCGAUGCCGAUGAGAAUCUGUUCUUGCGCUUUCUGGAACUGGAUCCGCCCGCCGAUGGCAAUGCGAACAGCACAACCGCAGCGGGCAACAGCACUGGCGGCGCCGCUGCCGGAGCCAGUGCGUCCAAUGCCAAUGCGAAUGCCAGCAAUGCGAACCAUUUAAAUGGCAGCGGCGGCGGCGGAGGAGGAGGAGCUGGCAGCGCGACGCGACGCUGCUCAACGCUGCCCGGCAGCCGGCAGCCAACGGGACGGACGCCGUUCACGAUGACCAAGCGAUUGACGCGCACGGAGGAGCGCGGCUUUGGGUUCUCCAUUGUGUGGACACAUCCGCCGCGUGUGGAGAAAGUGGAGAGCGGACUGUCAGCGGAUCGCUGCGGCAUAUUGCCGGGCGACUAUGUCAUCUUUGUGGACAAGCACAAUGUGGUCACGAUGCCCGAGGCUGAUGUUCUGAAUUUGAUACGAUCGCAGGGCUCGUCCUUGACGUUGGAGAUAUUCAGAAGGUCAGGCGCGGGCGCCAACAUGGCCAGCAAUGCCGCCAACACCAUCAGCACGGCGGUCACAGUCAGCGCCAGCCACAAUCAUCAGCCCAACUCGACUGCAGCUCAGCCCCAGGCACAGCCACAGCCCCAGGUCCAGUCCCAGCUACAGCAGCGGCAGCAUUGCGGCCUGGGCUCGCUGGCGCCCAGCGAGGAGCAGCUAGCCACCAGCGGCACAGUGGUCCAGCGCACGGCCAGUGUGCGUCCCCAGUUAUUGAGCAAUACGAUGUCGCGCCCGGCCACCGCCUGCUCCGGCACCACCUCCUCCAUUGAGGCGGCCAAGCGGCGGCUGCACCUGCCCCAGGUUACGUUCAGCAAGGAGUCGAUUGUGCCCAUAACGGAUAAUCGUCGACGCUUCUUGCUGCAGCUCAUCAGCCGGGAGCAGAACUUUACGGCCGCCAUUCACUUCGGAGUGCAGCGCUUUGUGCAGCCCUUGCUGGACCGCAAGGAUCUAAUAUCGCCGAACGAUCAUCGGACUCUGUUCCAGAACAUCGAUGAGCUGCUGCGCAUUUCCGAGGAUAUACUGGAGCAGCUGUGCAGCAACGAGCAGGAGCAGGAGCCGCACAUGAACUUCGCCUCACGGGUCUAUCUCUCCAAGACGACGGCGAUUUGUGCCGCCUACAAGAAGUACUGCAACGGCAUAAAGCGUGCCGACUGCGUUCUGGUGAACAAGUCCCGGCAGACGGGCUCCGAGUUUAUAGCUUUUAUCACCGAGCCAGCUGUGCCCCGUAAGCGUCCCGACCUGACCAUGUUCAUACACAGGCCACUGCAGCAUUUCAGGGAGAUCCUGAAGCUGAUGCAACUGCUCGCCAGCAAUUGCCACGUCGAUACCGAGGAGCACAAGAACUUUACCACUGUCAUUGGUGAGCUGCAGGCCGCCUAUCGCGAGAUAACCGUCAGCAGCGGCCUGAUGGAGCCCCUGGGCGAGGGUCGACCACUGUUGACGCUGCAGGAUCUGGAGUCGCGCAUGGUGUUCACCAAGUGCAAGCCCUUUACGCUGGCCGUCCAGGGCCGCCAGUGGAUAUUCGGCGGCGAUCUGUCCCGCGUAGAGGGGCGCUCGAUAAAACCCUACUGGACGCUGCUCUUCAGUGACAUCAUUGUGUUUGCCAAGGUCAGUCGGGAUCGCGUGCUCUUCAUCACCGAGGAACCGAUACCCAUUGCCAACGUGGUCGACUCCUGUUUUAAUAUGCGCAAGAAAACCACUGAAUUCCGCCUGACCGUGGAUCCCAAUGGAAGACUGGCUGAAAGUCCGACCGGCUACUGUGCACCGGAUCUAACGCGCACACCCAAGCGCGGCGCCCGGCGGAAGAGCCUCAUCCUGCGCGCACCCUCACUGGAGCUGAAGGCCGUUUGGCAGAAUCUAUUGCAGCGACAAAUCUUUCUGGUGAACGCCGCCCUGGGCUCGACGCCACUGUCCAGUCCGCUGGACUCGCCGGAUGUGCUGAACACGCUGGUGCCGCUGAGCGACAUCGGGAUGACCUCCGCAUCAAUGGGCUCGAUGAAACUGCCCUCGCUGGACAGCAUCAAUCUGAAGCAGCAGAAACAGCAGCAGCGCGGCACUAGCCAUGGCCAUGCCGUGGAGCAGAUCGAGCUGCUGAUCGACGAGAAGUGCCGCAUACUCAACAAGACGGGCACACCGAAAUCGAGCGCCCUGCACUUGGCCAACUGGAUGAAGGGCCAGCUGGACAAGCAGCAGCAGCAGGCGCGCCUGGCGGCCAUUGCGCGCUCCCAGGAGAACAUCAGCGCCGAGGACGAGCAGCUGAUCUUCACCAGCGACAGCGAACAGGACGAGCGCAUCAUCUACUGGACGCGCCAGCAGCUCGAGAAGCGCACCAAGGAACUUAACCUGGCCAAAGAGAAUGGCAUGCUCUCCGCCAAGCCCAAUUUCGGCGGCAAGCGACUCAGCGGCGUCGAGGAGCUCAGCAUGAGCGCCACCUCGGACAUCUACUCGGAGGCGGAGGUGGUCACCAGCCAGAUCAGUCAAUCGCACAGCACCACAUCGGACAGUCAGAUAACCGUGCGAUCCAGUCCCAUUGUGCUCGACAAGUUGGCGGUGUGCCGUCACUGCCAUAAAAAUUGCCAGCAGAGCGCAGGCAGCGUGGGGCGUGGCUCGGCUGGUGCUUCAGCUUCAGCGGCAGCUGUCGGCGGCGGCGGCGGUGGAUCCUCGCUGCUGUGCAACUCGCUGAAGGUGCAGCACAGUCAAUCCUCGCCGAAUCGCUGCUGCAAGCUGAAUGGCAAUGCCGCUGGCAAAGACAACGGCACCGGAACCGGCACGGGCACCGGAACGGGCACGGGCACGGGCACGGGCACGGGCACCGGCAGCGUGACGAGCAUGUCGAGCAGCACCAUCACCGGCGAGCUGUCCUCGAAGGUAGUCGCUAGCAGCAGCCGGCGCGAGACCGGCGACACCGAAAGCGAUGUGGCCCAACUAAUCACCGAUGAACUCUCGCUGUCCCAAUCAGAGGCCACCGAUGACAGCGUCGGCGCCAUGCCCAACAGCAGCAGCGGCAGCGGCGCCCAGCUACGAAUUCUAGAGCCGCAGCAGGCAACUCCUGUGGCCCAGCUGGCCAAUGGCCACUGUUCCGGCGCCUCCAACAAAACCGCAUCGACAUCCGCAUCGGCAUCCGCAUCGGCAACGGGCUCGCCCAGGACGCAGCCACAGCCGCCGCCACGGCGCACGCGCAUCGUGGCGCAGCUGUGCCAGGAGCCAGUGCGUCCGCGCGCCAAUCAACAGGUAAAGGCCAUGGUCACCGUGACGGAAACGGCGCGAAUUAUGCGCACCAGCGAACGUGCCAGCGGCGGCGGCGGCGGAGGCGGCUCCCCAGCCAAGUACACAGCCUGCCACUGUCGCUGCACGCCGGAGGACUUCAGGCAGGCGCAGCUGGGGCCGGACAAGAUGGAGCAGCAGACCUGCAAGCUGCUAGAGUCGCCCAAGCAGCAGGCAGCCGCUGUGCAACGGCUGGAGGAUGAGCAACUCUCCCUGAUGCUCAUUGGCCUGGCGCAGUUUGCGCCCGCCGCAAAGCUCUGCGGCCCAGAGAAACGUGAGCAGAAACUGGCCCCAGACACGCCCACCAUAGCUGUAAUGCCGCCCACGCCAGAUGCGGUGCUGACCAAGACCAGCACACAUGUGUGGGACAACAGUGUCGGCAGCGGAGAGCAAAUCACAACGGCGACAACCUCAACGGCCACGGCCAAGCAGCCGAGGCAGGCGAUCAUUGAGAAUAUACCGGAGGACUCGUGCGAUGAGUCGCCGCUGGAGGAGGAGCCGCCGUAUCGGCCCAUGACCAGUGCGCUGCGUCGCUUUGGCACCAUGUCCAGCCUGGAGAAGCUGCCCUCCGAUGAAAUAGACGACGAGCUCGAGCCGUACGCCCAGAAUGGACUCAACGAGCAUAUCGAAAACGAGGCCGAUAACGAUGGCGAUGACGAUGACGAUGGCAAUGACGAUGACGACGAGGAGGACGACGACGAUGUGGCUGAUGUGGCUGAUGUGGAUGAUGUGGACGACGACGAUGAUGUGGAUGAGGCAACGGCGGACAAGGCGCUGGCACAGAACCUGCCAGAGCUGGCGACCUGCUCCAGCAGCACAAUUCUGGCCAAUGGCGAUGUGCUGGCCAGCGGCGCUUGGACAAAUCGCGCCGGCGCCUUUGUCAGCGACAAGAUGUCCUUUUUCGAGGAGUCGCGCGCCUUCAUUGACAAAUACUUGGGCCGCUGGAAUGCCAACGACCAGCCCUCCCAGACGGCGGCCAAUCAGACCGCCUCCGAGACGGACGAGCAGCUUGACGAGUGCACCUCGGGCGCGACCAGCGGCGAGGAGGUCUGGGGCACACCCACCAGCGGCGGAGACAACGAUGACAUGCAGCUGAUCAAUUCGGAGAACACGCAUUCGUCACCCACCAAGUCGAGCAACUCGCUCAACGACGAUGACGACACUGAGCUGAUGAUGGACGAGCUGCUGAUGGCGCCGCCGAUGACGGCCAGCACCAUACGCGGACUGCUGCCACGACGCCGUCUUGAGCCCCUGUUCGAGGAGGAGACCGAAAGCGACGAAGAGAAAACCCAACAGGACAGCGAUGACAUCAAAAAGGGGGAAGCAACGACAAAUGGCCACUACCUAGAGGAUUCGGGAGCUGGAAGCUCAAGCGACGAGGCAGCCCCAACAGCGGCCAAUCCGAGGCCGGAACCGGAGCCGGAGCCGGAGCCACACUCCAGCGAGGAGCGUCUGCAGCCGAAUUUGGCCACCACACCGCUGGGUCCACGGCCGCUGACCACCCACGCCAGCACCAUGCUGUUGCCCACCACAGCCAUUUCGGCGCCGACGUCGACAUCCAUACGCGCCCAGAACCAGCUGGGCGCAGUGCCUCCAGCGGCACCGCCACCGCCACCGCCACCAGCAGCGGCCUCAUCCUGCGAGUAUCUACUCGAACCGCGCGCGUCUGCGACCACGGCGACAUCAUUGACCAGGACGACGACGACGAUGACGACGAUGACGACGAGUGCGACGACGACGAGGACAACGAGGAUGUCUAUGGCGACGCCGACUAUGCCGCCACCUACGACGACGGCGACGGCGAGUCGGGCUCCCUCAUCGACUACUACAACAACCAGCAGCGGGAGCGGCACUACCAGCAGCGCCGCCAGAGCCAGCGUCAAGCCACCGAGAUUCAUUCCACCGCCGCCGCCGCCUCGUCGUCUGCUGCUCACGCAGACAAAUCUAAGCGCUGCGGCAACCAAAACGCAGCCACCUCAAAGAAAAUCUGGCGCUACUGCUGACAGUGGCUGCUCGGCGGCUGUCGGCGACGCCGCCAACGCUUCGCCCACAAUCGGUACCGGGUCAAGGACAACGCCUGCGAGUACCAGAACCUGUGCACCAUCAGCGGCGAGGGGCCCGGCUGUGUGUCCGGAUCCGGAUCCGGGACCGGUGCCCGGCCCAAAACGCCCAUCGUCAACGAUAAUCGAGACCUGCCUGCUGGGUGCCGCAGUGCCGGCAGGCUCAGCCACUUCAUCAGCAACAGCCUCGAGGAUGGCAAAGCCGAUGCGGAACAGCUCGCAGAGCAGCCCAGCUGCAGCGGCAACGGCAACGGCAACGGGAACGGCCCCGGAGCCGACGCCGGCGGCCGUACCGGGCGCAGUCGGUCCACGUUCUGUGGACGUUGCCCCAGCGCCGCACGUUGGCUGCGGUUUAAGUCCAAGACUGGAAAUGCGCUUGGCGCUCAACCACGACAUUCUCGGGGACGAGGACUUGAUCUGCUACGAGCCUGGUCCAGAUCUAACAACUAUUCUGGGGCACGACCUCUCCACAUUUCAUCGACUGACGGGUCGCGAUUUAUUGAGUCGUUCAGCCACGAAUCGGGUGCAGCCAAAAGAGGCUGUCAUAUCGUACUCUCAACAACGCAACUCCAAGAUGGACACGCCGACGGUGAAUCGGCGACCACGUCCGGCCAUAACAACGGCCGGGGUCGGUCAUCCCGGCCAGAGGAGUCACAGCAGCAGCAGCCACGGAAGCCCGCGCGCCGCUGGUUCAGCUCGUGCCGGCGUCGGUCCACAACGCCAGCAUCCAAGUCCAAAUACAUGGAACAGUUCUGCAUCUGCGGCUCGAAACGGCGCAGGGAGCGCAAGCGCCGCCGACAGCAGCACAAGCUGCAGCAACAACAGCGGCGCGAGCAAAUUAGGCGAUCUGGAAAUCUUAGCGAGACGCGAGAAGAUAUACUGCAUGUCUCAAUCGAGGAGUGGCUGUCGAGCCAGGGCGACAUCCGAGACAACAACGACAACGAAAUUGACAACGAUCCAGACGACGACCAUGACCACGACGAUGGCAACGAGACGCGACUGUUCCUCGCCAGCCACCAACAGGACGACAGCAGCAGCAGCAGCAGCAGUCUCUCUGACGAGGACGAUGAGUACUACUUCGAUGGAUGCGGUGGCAACCACAACAACAACAACAAUGACUGAAGCGUGCCUCGAAACGGAAGUGGGCAAAUCCAACCGUUUAAUCAACUUUAUCAAGCGCCGCAACUCUGAGAUAACCGCCAGCGGCAGCAGCAGCAGCAAUCCCAACAACUCCGACAGCACACUCGGUGGCGACUCGCAGCAGCAGCAGCAGCAGUUGCAGCAGCAACAGUUGCAGUUGCACGGCAGUCAGCAACUGCUGAGGCAGGCGCCGGACAACGCGGAAAUGGCACAAAUGUCGCCGCGCAAAGACAACGACAAGCCCUCGCUGAAUCGCCGCCUGUGGAAGCAAAUCACCAAAAGAAGACGCACCAAUUCCGUAUCCCAGAUAGUCGCUGGCUAAGAAACGGCGACUCCCACACCUCGACCGACACACACUCACACACACACACCCUUACUCUUACAAAUGUCUCUUUCUAUAUAUAUCUCUCUCUCUCUAUCUUGCUCUCUCUCUCUCUCUCUCUCUCGUUCAUGUUUAGAUAGAGAUACAUGGUUGUAUCUGAGUAUCUCCGUUCAGCUGUGUGAUAUUUGCCAGCGUAGCGCUUUUAUUGGGUUGCAUAUGUAGCAUUUAGUUAAGACUUAGUUAAGUUAUCAGAUUGUGCAGGAGCUUAGCUAGUUCCAUAAUGAUUUGCGCUUGGAGACCGUUCACACUGUCAGUAGUUACUGCGCCAGUCAGCAGUAGAUCGCAUUUUUCAAAUCAUUUCAUAUUCCUAAAGCAAAACGUUUUUCAGCACUUAAUUGCAGUAAGUUACUGCUGCAAAGUUCAUUAAAAAUUACUGCUACUGCAGUAAGCAAAUAGACCAUGUUGUUUUAUUAAUUAUUGCAACACUGAUUUACUGUUACUUUGCUGCACUCUCACAGCUGUGCAGUAAGUCGUUAGAGUACUUAUGCGAACAAAAUUUACUGCUGGCAGUCAAACACACAAUGUUUACAGUUAGCCUUUUAACACAGUAGUGCUGUGUUUCCACUGACUUGCUGCUGCCAGUGUUUCCACUGCAAUGCAGUAAGUUUCAAUGUCAAUAAGAGUAGCAGUAUUCAGCUGUUCGCAUACAAACGUAUCGGAGUCAGUUACUGCAGUUAAAUACUUGACUGCACAGUUUUACAAUUUCAAUGUGUUUCCACUGCUAUGCAGUAAGUUUUUGCUUUGUCAGUUAGAACCUUAGCUUACAGACAGUUACUGCAGCCAGUUAAUUACUAAACUGCUCAGUUUUCUCAUAUGUAAUGCGGUUUGCACUGCAAUGCAGUGAGCUAAUGCUGCCAGGAUAAUCAAGUAAUUGCCUAAUGCCAUACUUAUUUUUAGCGUGUUUCCACUGCAAAGCAACUGCAGAAUGCAGUGUGAACGGCCUACAAAUCGAUCAAACUGAUAUUUAGAUAAAUUGAGCAAGCAAACUAAACGAUGAUGAUGAUGAUGAUGAUAAUGAUGAUGAUAAUGAUGCUGGUGAUGAAUACGAUGUUAAUGUUAGAGAAAAGAACUAUGUAAUACCUAUGCUAAGUUUUUUGAUACUUACAACUUUGUAGCUAGUUAAACCCAUAAACGAAUGCGUCCAAUUGCGUCCAAGUCGAACGCGACUCCUGCCAAAAAAAAAAAGCUGGCCAACUGGUUGCUAACUACCAAGUUUUGAGGCCAAAAAUCGAAACUCUCGAAUCUAGAAAUAAUGAACAGCCAAAAAUGGGACAACGAAUGGACAGCUCUGCCUGAGGGCAAGGCUUUAGUGACUCUUAUUUAACAUACAAUUCGAUAAGCAACAGCUUAUCGGGCGGGUUGUAGGGCGCACACACUCACACACACACACACAAAUACACACACGCCAUCCAGCCAAAAGAAAUUUGGAAGCAUAUAAAAUAUGUGUCGACUGUUUUUUUUUAUUUAGAGAGAAUAAUAUCGCAAUUGGUAGCAAGUCAAAUUAGUUUAGGUUCACACUGGAUUAGCUUAGGUUCACACUGGAUUAGCCGGUGUGAAUGGGGCUUUUGAAUUGUAUUUUCUUUGAAUUCUUUUACUUUUUUGAAUUAACAAUGAAAUUGCCUUACGUAUAAUAUGAACUAUUUAUUGUAUUUGUAGCUUAACAUUAAACUUUAUACACUUUAUGGCAUUUUGCAAUUGUCAUUUGUCCAGUAAAAGGUAAAACAAAACAAAAAAAUAAACAAAAAGAAAAAGUAAAAGUUACAGUAAAAAGUACUCGUAGUAGCGGUAAAAAGAAAAUUUUAAGAAUUCCCACUUUUUUAUUUCCUCAACUAUUUACAGCAUAUUUACAUGCAUUUUUGUCAGAUAAAGAUACAGUUAGAUGCGUUUAGGCAACGUUUGUGGGCUAUUAGAGGGGGGAACGGUGGGGAGGGGGGUUUUAUGAUAACAUACAGCAAAACCUAUGUAUGUGUAUGUAUGUGCAUUUUGUAUAUUAUUUCACAUUGAAAUUGUUGAAAGCUAACAAAUUAUACGAAAUAAAAUACAAAACAAAUGAACAAGUACAUUUAUCAGCUUUAAUAGAAAUUCUAAAAAAAAAAUUUAAAA